AUGCAGGGAGAGGUUGUCUUGAUCCAGGUGACAUCUCCUCCUCUGGUCAAGAACCCCAAACUGGAAGCCAAGAUUACAGAGCAAGUCGUUCAUAUCAAUGGAACCUACGGAUCGCUCAACUUUACGCCUGUCCACCAUUACCACCAGCACAUUGAUCGGGACGAGUACUAUGUUCUGCUUUCGGUCGUCGACAUUGGUCUCAUUACAUCUGUUAGGGACGGCAUGAACACGACCUCGCUCGAGUACAUCAUGUGUCAGCAGGAAAACCACGGUCCACUCAUCUUGAGCGAGUUUACAGGAACUGCUGGCAGCUUGAGUGGUGCAAUGAUGGUCAACCCUUGGGACUACCAGGGUGUCGCCAAGGUCAUCUAUGAUGCCCUCAACCUCAGCGAGGAGGACAAGAUCUCUCGUCACAACCAACUCCACAAGCACGUCAUUACCCACACUGCUCAAUACUGGGCCAAGACCUUUAUCGCCGAGUUGAUCUUGAACGUUGGAACAGGAGAACAGUCCGCGCCCACGCCUUACCUUGACCUCCCUAUCAUCACCGAUCAGUACCACAAAGCCAAGAAGCGCCUCCUCAUGUUUGACUACGACGGAACGUUGACGCCAAUUAGAAAGACGCCUGGAGCGGCUGUUCCUCAGGAGCACAUGUUGAAGGCAUUGGCGGCGCUGUGUGCUGACCCCAAGAACAUUGUGUGGGUCAUUUCAGGAAGAGAUCAGAAGGUGCUGGAGGAGUGGCUUGGACAUAUCCCCAAUCUCGGCUUCAGUGCCGAGCACGGAUCAUUCAUGAGACAGCCUGGGGGUCAAAAAUGGGUUAAUCUGACAGAGUCCUUGGAUAUGGGCUGGAAGAAUGAUGUUAUUGAGAUCUUUACCUACUACACCGAGCGGACGCAAGGCUCGUUUAUUGAGCACAAGAGGUCGUCGUUGACGUGGCAUUACCGUAUGGCAGAUCCUGAAUUUGGCGCGUUCCAGGCCAAAGAGUGCCAGAACCACCUGGAGAACGCGGUCUUGUCCAAGCUCCCCGUCGAGAUUCUUGUGGGAAAGAAGAACUUGGAGGUCCGCCCCACAAUUGUCAACAAGGGAGAGAUCGUCAAGAGGUUGUUGAGUCAGCAUCCGGAUGUCGAGUUUGUGAUGUGUGCAGGUGACGACAAAACGGACGAGGAUAUGUUCCGGGCUCUUGUUGGACCCAACAACAACAACAACAACAACGCCAAUGCGGCUCGCAGGAACUCUACCGUGGUGGUGGAGCCUUAUAAUAAUGAGCUGGUGGCAGAGACGGCGGAGAAGAUUGCUAAUGCGACCUUGGCGCAUUCUCGGGAGCACUCGCCUGUGAUGCCCCAGUUGCACCUGUCGAGCGGUCAUAUUGCGAAUGGAUUUGCACCGGGAGUUCAGGAUGCGACUCAUUUGAUACCUCCUCACCACCCUGGCACCGCUGUUAGCGCAGAGACGACCACUACCAGCAGCAGUCUGGCUCCAUCUUCCAAUGACCUGUCAAGGUCUUCGAUCAGCACGCAGGGAUCGGCAGGAUCUUUCUCUGUUGGCAUCAACAACGGCAACAGCAGUGGCAGUGCGUACAAUGGAGAGCGGUUCUCGAUUACGAUUGGACAUGCGUUGAAGAAGACUCUUGCCAACUGGCAUGUUACCAGCCCUGAGGAGUUGAUCCGAGUUCUUGGUAUUUUGUCUGGUACUGUUGACUCGUAA